UGCCGGCAUGGGGAGGGUUAAAGGUGCUGGUGGUCCCUGAGCCGCUCCAUGUGCAUCACAUCCCUCUUCUCCUAAUUUUCACCUCCACGGGGCAGCUGGAGCUCAUCUCGUCCGGCCGGAGCUCCAGCUGCCCUGGCUUGCCCCAGUAAUGAUUUACCAGCCGGGGGCAGCCACUCCCCGCCUCCACCCCGCGGACCUUGGAGCCGGGGCCUGGCUGCACUGUGGCUCCUCUCCAUAGAAGAUGUUUUCCCUGGGGUCCUGGCUGCCGGCGCUGCCGGGGCUGGCGUGGGGCUGGGCACUGCUGGACGCGCUGCUGCAAGGGCUGGUGGGUGCCUGCGCCGUCUCGGUGCUCUGCAGCCUCCUGAAGGUUUAUCUCUACAUCCAGUGUGCAAAUGACCCCGAGAGGCAGGCGGAGAAGGAGGCGAUGGCGGCGCGGCGGCCGCUGCUGGAGCCGCUGCAGGUGCUGGUGCUGACGGCUCUGCUGGCCCUGGUGGGCUCCCGUGUGGCCGCCCUGGUGGUGCUGGAGUUCUCCCUGCGCGCCGUCUGCACCAUCCUCUCCCUCGGCAAGGGCGCCCACAGCAGCCAGCUCUACCUGCUGUGCCAGUACUCCCUGGGCUGCGGCGUGUCCUGCGGCCUCACCUUCCUGCUGGAGGGGGCUCCGCACCGCACCUGGAACCUGGCGCUGGCGGCGGGGCUGGCGGGGCUGCUGGCGCUGCACGCCCGGCGCCUGGCCCGCCACGUCUGCGCCCUGUUCGAGCUGCACAGCCGGCAGCGCUACUGCGGCCUGUGCCUGCUGCUGCUGCCCGCGGGCCACGGCCUCCCGCGCCUGCUGCGCAACGCCCUGGGCCUCACCUUCGCCGUGGCCGACAUGGCCGCCGUGGAGCUCAUCAACCGCGAUUUCCUCUCCACGGGCGAGGCCGUGCGCUUCUGGACGCCGCUGAGCAUCUGCUACACCCUGCUGGUCGUCUACAUGCAGGAGGAGUCCCGGCAGAGCACGGGCAGGGGGGCGGCGUUCCGGACCGUGCUGGUGAGGAUGGGUGGCCUCUUCAUCCUCCUCCUCACCGUGGGCCGAUGGAGCGACAUCCUGCACGUCUUGGUGUCGCUGCUGGGGGAGCUCUGGUGCCUGCUGCACUCCGGGGCGCUGCUGGAGUCCUGCUGCAGGCAGGAUUUUGCCCAGCAGCCUCGCCUGGAUCGUCGGGCAGGAUCCGGAUCGGGGGAGACGUCCCGAUGAGGAACCGGACAGCAGAAACUCGGGGUGGCUUCGCUGGGCACCCCAAAAUCUCUCACUACAAAUCCCCCAUGGGGACUGAGGAAAAAAGGGCUCCUGGACGGCGUCCAACCCCAAAAAGGGCUCCUGGAUUGUGUCCAACCCCAAAAAGUGCUCCUGGACGGCGUCCAACCCCAAAAGGGCUCCUGGAAGGUGUCCAACCCCAAAAAGGGGUCCUGGACGGCGUCCAACCCCAAAAGGGCUCCUGGAAGGUGUCCAACCCCAUCCCGUGGGAUGGAGGAGUUGGGGGGAAGGCUCUCCUUGCCCCUGGUUUUUGGGGGGACUCUGCGAGGUCGCAGCACUGCUGGGGUUUGUCCUGUGGUCCCAGUGGGACUGCAGGCUGCUGAUGGAUGUCCCAUCGUUGCUGGCAGCUGGGCCACACUGUCAGGGGCCUCCAGGGGUUAUAAAUCUCAGAAAAUAAAGGUG